AUUUUUCUUUUUCUUUUUCUAUUCUUUUUGCUCUUUCCAACAUUAUAACAAUAUUUUAUUGUAUAUAUACGUAUAUUUCAUAAAAUAGAUUCCAGAUUAAUCCAACGACGACCAUCAAAUCUCAACAUCCAAACAGAAAAUCACAACCAAACUCUAACCUGAACGAUCGUUCCCUCUCUCACACACACUCUCUCUCUAUCUCCUUCGUCGUUACCCUUACCACCGCCAAUCACCGCCGUCCGAUCCAGAAACUUCCAACCAUCUCCGGUCAGAUCUGACCUCACGCGCCUCCCACACUGGACCACGCGCCUGUCACCGCCUCCAUCAUGGUCGUCAGCGGAGGGAAACCCCUGAAACGCAUGAAGAGGAGAGUCACCGCUGAUUUCUACGACUUCCUCUCGUUCCCCUCUCCGGCCCUCGCCGCCUCGGAAAACUUCUCCGGCGGACCCUUCCGAUCCAACGUCCGCUCCUUCCUCACCAAGCACGCGCUGCUCCCGCCACCGUCGGCGCUUUUCCCGCACCUGCUGACCUGGCAGAUCCUCUUCCGCGUCGGCGAACUCACCGACGGCCCCGAAUCGGGCCCCGCGGUGGUGUGCCUCGACGUCGUGGAAGAGGAUGUGGCCAGAUCCAGAUCUGUUUACUGCGAUCAGUGCCGAGUUUUCGGAUGGAGCGGCCACCCAGUGUGCGGGAAGCGUUACCAUUUUAUAAUCAAGGUUGAUGGGAGCUCCAUUGGUGGGUACCACAAGCCAUGUAUGUGCUGUGGAGAUAUCUUGCAUUUGUCAGAAUCCAAGUGCAAGUCAUGCAACCACGUAACAACCACUGAUGAUGUUGAAGACUGGGUGUACAACCAGUUGGAGAACACGACUCAUCUUUUACAUGGUGUUGUCCAUGCCAAUGGUUAUGGGCACCUUCUUCGGGUUAAUGGCAGAGAAGGGGGGUCUAGAUUUCUUUCUGGUUGCCAUAUCAUGGAUUUCUGGGAUCGUCUAUGCAACACACUUGGAGUCAGAAAAGUUAGCGUGAUGGAUGUUUCGAAGAAAUAUGCACUGGAGUACCGCUUGCUCCAUGCCAUUAUGAAGGGACAUCCGUGGUAUGGUGACUGGGGUUAUAAAUUUGGCUCUGGUAGCUAUUGUCUCACAGAGGAAGCAUACAAGUCCGCUGUUGAAAGCCUAUCCAAUCUACCUCUGUCCAUCUUCCUCUCCCAGGGACAAAAGCCCAACUCUCGUGCACAUGACAUGAUUUCAUAUUACCAGUCUUUGUCUGACCACGAGCUUGUAAAUAUAAGAGACCUCUUUUGUUUUCUGAUGGGUUUGAUCCAUGAUGCUCGCAAGACUGCGUUAAAGGAUGGUGGCAUAACCUGCAAGAAGCGCCGUUUCAAUGCUUCUGGACUGUCAAGUUCUUGGGAGAAGAGUGAUGUCGAACGGGUGGAGGAAGCUAUGAUCAGAGUGCUGCGUGCAGUGUCUGGGUCUAAUUGGGUGAGCUGGCGUUCUCUUCGGGGUGCUGUCUGCAAGGUGGCCUCUCCAGAGUUGCUUGAUUAUUGCCUUGGAGAACUGGGUGGAAAAUUGGUCUAUGGUGGAAUGGUUGUUAAUAGUCGAUGCAAUCCUCAAACUGGAGUUUUUGAGUUAAGACUUGAGGCUGCAAAUGGUUCUUGCUAUGGAAGUAUAACGAACAAUAAUUCUUCAGGCUCAAAGUAUCCAUCUGAAGAGAAUCUCCUGCAAUGUCUCAGAUAUUUAUACGAUUCUUUGCUUCAUCCUCAGAUGAUGCUAAACAGUGUUGCGGAAGGGACAUGGACUCUUGCAAUGAGUUCAGCUCAGAAACUUCUUGACUGCAAGCAGUUUGUAAAAGAUUAUACUCCUGAGAUAGUGCCAAUGUCAGAUUUGUAUAAAAUACGCAUCUCAUGUCAGGUUGAACUUGUGGACGAAUCUGAAGAUUCUGCAGCUCCGCCAGAAAUAGUUGUGCUGCCCACGAAUGCUACUGUGUCUGACCUUAAGAUUGAAGCAGCAAAUGCUUUUCAAGAUGUAUAUUUAAUGUUUAGAAGAUUUCAAGUUGAUGAGCUACUUGGCUAUAGCGGUGUAGACGAUUCCACCCAGGUCAAGCUCUUGUUAGGAUCGAAAGAAAUGGUUUGUGUCCGCGGAAGAUGCAUUGGGAAGAAUGGGUUGAGCAAGUUCCGAAUGGAACGGGGACUUGAGAGGUGGACUGUAGAUUGCAGCUGUGGCGCUAAGGAUGAUGAUGGGGAGAGAAUGAUGGCUUGUGAUAUUUGUGGAGUGUGGCGGCACACUAGGUGUUCUGACAUUCAUGAUACUGAUCCUGUUCCUGCAUGUUUUGUUUGCCUGAGAUGCCAAAACUCUGACUCGAAACCUAAAUCUAGUGGGCACUGCAAAGAUGAGACAGUGACUAACGUAAUUAGUACUGGUAAUAGUUGCUUUGGUAACGGCUUGCCUGUGCCUUCAGAUAUUCGUCAAGGCAUUGAUUAGGCUGUGUAUAAAAGGCUCUUUCGUUUCAGUUUAUUUUGCUUUAGCCUGAAAGAACCUGUACAUAACAGAUAGGCCUUAGGAAUGGCAUCAGUGACAGGGCAUGUCUUGUUCGUAUUCCGGGUUGUAUCUUCGUUUGUUUAUUUUGUAUAUAGUGACUGACGGGAAAAUGUGGAGGGAAAAAAAAGAAUAUCUAAUUUUAAUGGUCUCGAAUACUAACCUACCUCUGGCGCUGUAUUU